CAAUUCAUGAAAACUGAUAUUCCAUCAGUUCUUCCUUUAUUCUUACUUAUUGUUAGUCUUAAAGAAAGUUAUAAGUCAGAGGUUUUUCUCGGUAUAUCAUGUCUAUCGAACCAACGCUAUUAGAGAGAAGAUUAUGUGAAGCGUUCGAUGUGUUUGAUAAUGCGAGAAGUGGAGAAGUAGAUGUCAGAGAUCUAGGAACUAUAAUCAGAGCAUUAGGAUGUGUCAUCACAGAAGCUGAACUACAAGAAAUACAAGUUGAAGUAGAAGAUGUUGAAAAUAAUUGUGUACCAUUAAACAGAUUUGUGGACUAUAUGCGCAAGGUGAUCAAUGAACGCAAAUUUAAACCAGCGGAACCGGAAGAACUGUUGAAAGCAUUUCAGUUGUUAGAUCCUGAACAUCGUGGAUAUAUUAUGAAAGAUGAUUUGGAGAAAUCGAUUAUGGAAAUUGGAGAGCCAUUCACAAAAGAAGAAGUGUCUGAUAUAAUGGCUGUGGCUUGUGACGCGGAGACAGGAAAGAUUAAUUACGAGCAUUACAUUAAUUUGCUAAUUGUGGAGUAAACAAAUAAAGUACUCACGAUAUGAUCCAAUCCUUCCUGAACGGAAUGAUCUCUGGAAUAUAUCAUGCUCUUCUUAGAAACUUGUACUGCAACCGGACUUUUGUUCGCAAUGUCCUCAGCAAUUUCUAUUGAUUUACUUAAUAAACUGAAAAUAGGUAGAUGGAAA